GACAGUCGGAGCCGGCGCUGCAGCAUCAAAGGGACUUAUCUGGGAGGACUUGUGAAUUCUCAUCCUGCCAUUGUGGUUACUGAGUCUGGUUGGACAGAGGAAUGGGCAGCAACAUGUUCCCGGUGCCUCUUAUUGUCUUUUGGGGUUUUAUCUUGGAUGGGGCACUUGGCUUUGUCAUGAUGACCAACUCCAACUCCAUCAAGAAUGUGCCGGCGGCACCAGCAGGUCAGCCCAUUGGCUACUACCCUGUGAGCGUCAGUCCGGACUCCCUAUAUGAUAUUGCCAACAAGUACCAACCUCUGGAUGCCUACCCGCUCUACAGUUGCACGGAAGAUGAUGACUGUGCCCUUGAUGAAUUCUGUCACAGUUCCAGAAACGGCAACUCUCUGGUUUGCUUGGCAUGCCGGAAACGCAGAAAGCGUUGCCUGAGGGACGCCAUGUGCUGCACAGGCAACUACUGUAGCAACGGAAUUUGUGUCCCUGUGGAGCAAGAUCAAGAGCGCUUCCAACACCAGGGAUACCUGGAAGAAACCAUUCUGGAAAACUAUAAUAAUGCUGAUCAUGCAACAAUGGAUACUCAUUCCAAAUUAACCACGUCCCCAUCUGGAAUGCAGCCCUUUAAAGGCCGUGAUGGUGAUGUUUGCCUCCGAUCAACUGACUGUGCACCAGGUCUAUGCUGUGCCCGUCAUUUCUGGUCAAAGAUCUGCAAGCCGGUCCUUGAUGAAGGCCAAGUGUGCACCAAGCACAGGAGGAAAGGCUCUCACGGGCUAGAGAUUUUCCAGCGUUGUCACUGCGGUGCCGGACUCUCGUGCCGGUUACAGAAAGGAGAAUUUACAACUGUCCCUAAAACAUCGAGACUUCACACUUGCCAGAGACACUAAGCGAGGCCUACAGAGCCUGAAGGACCUUCUCUAAAUUAAGCUAAUUAAGACUUUGGUACCUGCAUGUUAUUUUCUCGGUUUACAUGAAGUGCUCUGGUCUUCCCUGAACCCGGAAGCUGCGCAACUUGUUUCUUUUUUUGAGGAACUUCCUAAUUAAUGCUAAUUACAGUAAAUUACUGUGUUGUAAAUACUACGCAAGGAGACCUGUAAAAACUGUAAAUACCCGUGUAUAGAAAGUGUACAUGAUCUUCUCUAUUGUAACCUGCCACCUUGUACAUUCCGACGCGCUCUUCCCUUUUUAUAUAUAUAUAUAUAUAAAUAUAUAUUAUAUUAUGUAGAGUUUACGUCUAGUAUGUCUGUAUUUUUAAUUGAAAUAAAACAUUUCUAAACUUA